AUGCCCAACGACUCAAAGAGACCACGAUACACCACACCUGCCGUGCAGGCCAGCACAACCGAAAAAAUAAUAGUUGCAGUCAAGGACAAGGACCUGCUCUCUGUUUUGAAGAACAAGGACAGCGACACUGCUGGGGGUGAGCUCGCAGUUGAGCACAAGGUUACCUAUGGGGACUCUGUCGAGCACAAGGUUGAAGACAAUGCCCCCAUCACUGUGGCGGAAAACAAGAACCCAGUCUCCACGAUCGAGGAAGGAGAUCAAGCUACGACGGCCGAGGAGGAGCAUGCAGGAAGUAAGGGCGAGGACCCACCCCCCAUGGUUGAGGACGACAACCCAGCCACCGAGCAUGCCGAUGUAGUGGAACACACUUUCAGGCAGCACUUGGUCAAGCGCAAGGUCAUGGUUGAGCAGGAGACCGUCUUGGAAGAGAACUUUGUUUCUGGUGGAUCCUCAAGGUCGAGGUCGACGACACCAACCUCGGCUGACCCACCCACAGCCUUGGGCAAAUCAUUCUAUUCAUCAGGAAAACUCUUCACGUGUGGAAGGUCUGAAUCUGAACCUCACCAGAACUGCAUUAUGAACCGGUCAAUUCGUUUAACUUCAACCGCCACCACCCACUACCAUCAUCAACCACCCACACCCACCUCGGCACACAGCAACCAUGACAGCAACAACAUGCCAAUGCCACGUCACCAGCAGAUGACAUGGCAUGUCAACGGUCCUGUCCGGAUUUGCCACAUCGUCCAGACAGCAACGAUGCAUGCCGUCACCACCGUCCACAGUAGUGCAGAUCUGUUUGCAAUCUCCGAAGGACACAGCCCUGCCUUCCUUGCGCAAAUUACAUGCAUAGAAGACGAUCAACCAAUUUCGAGAGAAUCACCAACAGGUCAUGGCCAAUGCUCCAAAGAACUUCAAUCUUUCUUUGAAGAGCUGCUCGCAAGGGACAAUUAUGAAGAGAGGACAAGGAUGGCACAGGACAGGAUCACCGAAAAUGGCACUCUAGGCGCUAAGACCAGGAUGGACAUGGAGAUUACUGUCAGAAUUUUAGGCUACUUUUGCUAUUCAGCCUGUGUGUCCAGUGUCACUGUUUUCGAAGCUGACAUCAUGCGUGGUCAGCUCAAGGGCAACACAUGGGAGACAAAACUUCACUUUACUUCAAACGAGGCAGACAAAAACCUGUUGAGCAGAAGCAAGGCAGUGGCAUCGUCGGAACGUCAACCAGGGUGUAAAACACUAUACUUCACAAACGAUCAUAUCUCCUGCUACCCGUUUCCUAAGGCCUUCAGUGCGGACACCGAGGUUGGCAUGGAGGUUGUCGCGGAGCUUUACGAGCAAUUGGCAAAAACAGGGAAUAGGGGUGGUGUCCCACUAUUCUUGCGCAGCCCAAACGGUCUUUUUUAA